AUGUUCUCUCUUAAUUAAAUUAGAACUCCGAAGUUUUUAUAUUGCUUGAGAAAUUAUAGAGUGAAGAAUUAAAUUUUAGUGAUAUAACUAUUAAUAUUUACUUUGAUUAUUGCCUUUUUGACAAUAGCUCUGGUAAUUAAUCGAGUAAUAAUUGAAUCUGUAAUUGAGAAGGUCUCACUAUAAUUAUUGUAAAAUAUUAAUCAAAAGGCUCUUCAUAAACAAUCAACUUAUUUGGAAUACUAAACCUACUUAACUUUUAAUUUUGGCUUCAGUCUGCUUAAUAAAAUUAAUAAUGAAAAUUUGUUUUUGCUUAAGUAAUAAAAUAUUAUGUUGGGCAAUAUGCCUUUAAGUUGUGUUGAUUAUAACAUAAGAGAAAGACAACCUUUUCAAUAUUAUCUACCAUAAUUUUGUUAUUAUUAUGCAAAUCAUAUUGAUUUUGCAUAAAUUCCAAAAACACAAAUUGAUUAACAUUUGAUAGUUUUGAUUUAAAUGUUAAAUGAAUAAUUAUUGUUAAUUGGUAAUAGUGAACUGGAACCAACAAUUUAUUUAACAUAAUAAGGGGAUGGACAAUUUUUCGCCAUUAUUCCAUAAAAAAUGAGAUAUCCUAUGUAUAGACCAAAGGAGAGACAAUGGUAUAAAGAUCAUACAGCUGCUUUAAAUGAUAGCAAAUAACCUGAAGUUAUAUCUGAAAUUUAUAGGAAUUACGAAACUUAAGAAUUCGAAUUUACUCUCACUGUUUCAUUAACUAAUCCAUAAUUAGAAUUUGAUGGAGUUAUAGCUUUGGAUAGUAAUUUCUAAGUUAUUAAACCAAAAAUCAACUAUGAUUAAUUAAAUAUUUAUCUGGUUGAUUUAGCUGGUAGGAUAUUGAUUUCAAAUGUCUAUCCAAAAAUCAAUUUUGUUUAAGAGAUGAAGUUCUUUAAUGACACCUCCAUCACAGGAUUUGACAAUGAAGAUUGGAAUGAAAUCCUUAAAUAAAUACUUUAUUAGAAGGGAGAAUCAAAUUGUGAAUAUGCAUACAAAAACUUUUGUAGAUAUAAUAAAUUAUAUGGGUAAGAUUUAUUUAUACGAGGAUUUGGCAUUCACAAUAGAUUUUAUCAAAUAGUGUAAGCAUAUUCAAAUAUUAUUAAGAUUCGUAGAUUAUAAGUUCAUGGAAUAAAAUGAUUAUGAUACACAAUAAUUGAAAUCAGAAUUGUUAAGCUAAGCAACUGCUUAAUUGAUAUAUUAUAUUAUCUAUAAUAUUUCAGGUAUUCUACUUUGUUGGAUAAUUAUGCAUUUCUUCUUAAGACCUUAUUAUGAAUUAACUAAGUUAUUUUAAUAGACAACUCAAACUAAAUUCAAUUAGAAAUAUGAAAUUGCUUUAAGGAAAGUCAAAAUAUUUAAGUAAAAUAAUCUAAUACAAACUGGACUCGAUAAUCUCUGCAAUACUUUAUCUAAGAUAAGAUCAAAAAAAUCAAGAGAGUGUCAUUAUAUGGAAAAUUACAAAUAUCCAAAGAAUUUAGCCAAAAAUGCUUACAAAUUCAGAUUUUAUAUUAAGCAAUUUCCAAAAGUAUUAUUAAUUUUUUAAUUUUAGAAAUCAUAAAUCUAAUAAUUAGAAAGAUCAAUUAUUACAAUAUAUGAGGAGAUAUUAGAAACUUUGGCAGUAAAUAAUGAUGAAUUCUACUUUAAAUUGAUGUGA